AUGGUACGCCCACGAAGACCUCCGGCGACUAAGGAGAGGCUGGCCGCCAUCGCGGCUAUGAGCGAGGACGAGUUUCUCCUUUUCGCCCUGGACCACCUCAAACAUUCUGGGACGUGCACAGUGACCACUUCCUCAGCAUGGGCGGAGGAUCUAACAACCGAUCAGCAACAGAACAUUGUUCAGAAGUUUCGACAAGCCGCAGAUCGUAUAAGACAGUUCGACUGCAAUCGUUUCGACAACGCCAUGGAGCGCGUGGUUCUCGACUCCGACAUUAUUGGGCUCGAUCGUAUCCAUCACCAUGACCAAACCAAGGAAUUCAGGGGCCCAACGGCCCUAUCCGAAGAGGAAAAGGAGUGGGAGAGAUGGCACUACGACAAAUUGCUGAAAGAGGGCGGCCGACCGGGUUAUCAUAUUGACGACCUCGAUGCAGUUGCCAAAAACCCAGAGAUGAAGUACCAUGUUACAUCUCCUUGGAUGUAUUAUGAGGACUCGAUAUUCGAGGACAACUACGCUGAUGCCAGGGUGUUCCGAAAACAGCACGACCACUGGACCAGAUUUCGACUGUGGCAGCGCAUCAAUCGUAACCACGGUCCCAGUCCUAGUAAAAAACUAGAGGUGGCCGUAGGCGAGAAAACCCUGGCAGCUUCGACUAUGGAAUGGUAUAAAAAGAGGGAGUUUGGGGCUUUUCAAAGGUACGAGAGGGCCAUCUCGAUCAUUCUCGGACAGUACGGCAUCUCACAACCGUCUGCGCUCCAGCUUCGUACGGGAGACCAAGAUCAGCUGGUGACGUGGCAGGAAUAUGUUGGCUUCAUGUAUCUGCAUCUGGGGUGGGCGACUCAAGAGAUGAUUGAAAACAGGCUCAACGGCGAGGAGUUCUUGGCUAAUCUGCGCUCCAGCGGGCAUGUGCCCGAGGGAACAACGCUCAAAGAGGUGCAGUCGAUGCUGUUUGACGCCUGGGUGCGGGGGCCAGCUCUGGAGAUAGAUGAUGUGCGUAGGAGCAUGCAGCAGCAGAAGGAAGUGCUGCUUGAGAAACUAGAGACCGCGGACGAAGAAGCUAAAGGAGGAAUUCAAGAGGAGAUCCGAUCACUCGACGAGAGAUAUGAGAAUAACGAGCAGCGCGAUCGAGAUCUGGCUGCAAAGUGUUGGGAGCUCACCUGCGGCCCAUACGAGGCUGACCAGCCUUGGUGUGUCGCCGCCAGAAAGGUGUUCUGCUACGAGAGGCUGAUUGUAUGGGCCCGGGACCAGAUUCCCUUGGUACGCGCUGAGUUGGAGGGCAGAAAGGACUGCAGAAAAUGCAGAGCUCGAGACAGGAAUCACGCAGCCACCGACCAGACUCCUGUAGCCACCGACAAGACUCCUGCAGCCACCGACAAGACUCCUGCGGCUAUCGACCAGACUCCUAUAGCUGCCGGCCAGACUCCUGUAACUACCGAAAAGGCUCCCGCUGCUACUGACCAGGCUCCUGAAGCUGCCGACAAGACUCCUGUAGCUGCCGAUAAGACUCCUGCAGCUAUCGACCAGACUCCAUGUCCUGUAGCUACCGACAAGACUACUGCAGCUACCGACAAGACUCCCGCAGCCACGGACCAGACUGGAAGAGAUGCCCCAUCGAAUCCUGUGACAUCCGGAAACAAUCAAGACUCACGAGUGCCGUCAGUAGAAGCCAGCCCUGUCGCCCCUCAAAACCCCAGUUUGGACCGUACCACUCGUGACCAGGGGGUUCAAGUGGAAAUUCUUACGGACAGCCACACAGUGGAAAACGAGACCCCUGUUGCUUCUCUGACUGCGGCACCACUGCAACCUGGGUUGGCGAGCGAGGAUCCGCCUCGGCCGAGAAAAAGGAAAAGGGUUAUUGCUCCAGUUGAAGCUCCCCGAAGGAGCCAGCGAGUGGCCACUUUGAAGGUAAAGAGAGAAGAGGAGGCGGCGGCUGCAGCUGAAGAUGAGGCUGAUGACCAGAGUCAGCCCCCAGCGAAAGCUAGGAGGACCAAGGCUGCUCAAAAACCAAAGCCCAAGGCUACGGCUGUUCCCAAGUCAAAGGCUAAGCCAAAAUCCAAAAGGAAGUAA